AUGGUCUCCCGAAUACUUCGCUUCGCGCCUCUAGUCGCCCUCCUCAUCCUCACCCUCAGCACCUUCUACUAUCUCUAUCGUGCCAUCCACGUCGACACCCACCCAGAUCUUGACCUGGGCCUGGAAACCGCCACCACCUCUGACCGCAAAACCCUCCCCGACCUCACCGUCAGCCAAAUCAUCGCCAACACCCACCAUGAGAUAGCAUCCAACUCGACCCCGGACGGCCGAUACUUCCGCAUCGACUUCCGCUCCCGCCGCGGCAUCAACCCCAGCAUCAUCCCGCACCCCACCAAACCCAACACCUGGAUCAUCACCGCGCAGCUUCACGAGCCCGGUCGUCGUGAGAAGGAUAGCGCCUGGUUCGUCGAACUUGUCUGUGACGCCGUCUUCCAAGACAAGGGCCGCACCCUCCGCUGCAUCGAUUAUCCCUUCAUCCUCCCCAUCGCCGCAACCGAGGGCAACAACGCCCUCUGCUCUGGCACCCUCGCCUUCUUCGCCCUCAGCAUCGGUCCUCACGAUGCCCGCGUUUUCUACGGCCCGGACGCCCCGUACACCAUCUACGGCUCCAACUCCGCCGUGACCUGCUUCGGCCAGUGGAUUCUUGACUUCCGACUCCUCGUCGACUGGCCUGCCUCCGACACCAUCACAGACUAUGGCUUCCGUCGUGCCACGGAGCUGCAGCGCCCAGCAACGGCCCCUUACUUCGCCGUCGAGAAGAACUGGUUCCUCUUCUGGGACCGAGCCGGCAACGCCUACGUUCACUACGACGUGGCACCCACAAGAGCCUUCGCUGCCUUGACCCUGGACGGUUCCGUCGGCGCAGACCUCGCCCCAGCAGCGGCAAGCGCAGACGCAGCCUGUCUCCAGAAAUAUCUACCUCAGAUGCAAGAUCCCGACCACGAAUCCAUCCACCAAGCCACCAACUCCCUAGCUGUGACGUUGUGUAUGCGUGCAGACCCGAACUGCCACCCAGACGACCACAACACUGUCAUUUUGACGGUCUUCCAGCAUAAGCGGUUCGUGGAGUUCCAUAGUAGUUACGACCCGUAUGUGAUGCUGUUUUGGCAGAGGGCGCCGUUUGAAGUCUACGGGAUUUCGGACAUGCCGUUGUGGAUUCACGGCCGGGGGAUGAUGGAUGAGGGGAACCAGACGGAGAUGAUGUAUGUUACAUCGAUCGGGUGGAAGACUGCUGGGCAGAAGUAUCAUGGGUAUCUUGAUGAUGUGAUGUUCUUGGCGUUUGGGGUAGAGGACGCGGAUACCGCCGGGGUGGAUGUGGUUGCGGGGGAUUUGGUGGCUGGGGUGGGGAAGUGUUGA